UAAAUCAAUACUCACAUAUAUUUAAGGAGAAAAAUGAAUACAUAAGUGAACCGUACUAAACACAAAAUAUUGUCAAGUAUAAAUAAUUGAGAGAUUUCAAACGAUGUCAAAUGAUGAUGCAAUUGCUCUUUGCGAGUCUGAACGUAAUUCUUAAUUGAAGAAAUAUCCAUUGAUGUCAGUAUAUAUCCUGAUACCAGAUUUUUAAAAAAAAGGGAAUAAAUAAUGACUGAAGCUACAACUGUUCGGUAUUUCAUUGUGAAGUGUGCAAACUUCACUUCACUGAAAACUUGCAUCACUUCUGAAAAGUGGGCAUGUAGAGAUAGGGUCUCUCCUCCUCACCCUCGUGAAAUACUAUCUGAGGCUCUUAAAAACGGGAAGGUGAUCUUCAUAUAUAGUGUUAACAAUUGUCAUGGCUGGCAUGGAUAUGCAGAGAUGUUGACGCCACCUGACAGUCAAAAUGACGAGAAAGCAGUUCAGCAGAUGAAAGAUGGUGAUACUCAAGAAACCAAAGAAUUUUCUGAACAAACUGAAAUGUCUGUCAACCUUUUAAAUAGUCAUUGGCAUUACUUCAAAGUCAAAUGGAUGACCCACUACACAGACCACUUUGGAGAACAAUGUUUAUCAUCAAAACUAACUGAAGAUAUUUUUGUAGACAAUGCACCACUGAAUCAAAGUAGAAAUUGGCAAGAAAUUCCACAAGAAGUAGGUUCAAAGUUAUGUUCUCUGAUUGAUUCCUUUUAUGGAGAACUCAAAGAGAAGCGAGAUCAAAAGUUACAGAGGGAAUUAGAACGUAUACCUCCUCCAUUUUACAAUUCAGAGGAGAUUUCUAGUGAGGAAACAUGGAGAACAAUUGUAAACAAAGUGGAGAAAGACCUUGGAAAAGUUAUCCUAGCAUGUCCUUUUGGCAGCCAAAGGUACAACCUUAGCACACCAGAAAGUGACACAGAUAUGUUUAUUGUUUACCAAGCAAAGACCAGGGAUGUGCUUGGGUUUCAACCACCAAAACAGACAAUAAAGAACAGAGAGAACCAGCAGUGUGACUACACGAUCCAUGAAGUGUUCCGCUACAGUGAGCUGUUACUGAAUGGAGAUGCCAGAUGUGUGGAGACUUUGUUUCUACAGGAGGAAUCCAUGGUUAGAACCUCUACAGAAUGGCAAGAGCUAAAGGAAGGAAGGAGACAUUUCCUGAAUAGGGAAACUCUCAAUAAAUAUCUCAGAGAUGCUCAGGGAAGCAAGGGCACCACACAGCUACAGAAGUGGUGUAAAGAUCAUCCAGAGGUGGAGGUACUGCCACUGAAGAUGUGCAAACUGCUAUAUGUCAUCGUUCGCCUCUUACAGAAUGCAAGGGACAUUGUUGUGGGAGAUGAACUACACGUCUACAGAGGAGAGGGAACUCUUGAGAGAGACAUAUUGAUGACAAUUAGACAGGGGGGAUUCCCAGUUGACAAGGCCUGGGAAAUCAUACAAAAGUUGGAAUCCACCAUUUUGGACAGAAAAGAUUCUGUUUCAGAGAGAACUAAGGAAUGUGUAGAUUUCACAGAAUCCUGGCUACUAGGAUUGAGACAUAAGGACUUCAUCUAACUAAAGUUCUCAAUGUGGAAAAAAUAAUGUUACCAUUCUUGUAUUUAUA